GGCGGCGAGGUCGAGGCGGAGGGAGGCGGCGGCGAGGGCGAGGCGGAGGGCGGUGGCGGCGAGGGCGAGGCGGACGGCGGCGGCGGCGACGGCGAUGCCGAGGGAGGCGGCGGCGAGGGCGACACGGACGGAGGCGGCGGCGAUGGCGAGGUGGAGGGAGGCGGCGGCGAGGGCGAGGUGGAGGGAGGCGGCGGCGAGGGCGACGCGGACGGCGGCGGCGGCGAGGGCGAGGUGGAGGGAGGCGGCGGCGAUGGUGAGGCGGAGGGCGGCGGCGGCGACGGCGAGGCGGACGGCGGUGGCGGCGACGGCGAGGCGGAGGGAGGGGGCGGUGACGGUGAGGUGGACGGCGGCGGCGGCGAUGGUGAGGCGGACGGAGGCGGUGGUGACGGUGAGGUGGACGGCGGCGGCGGCGAUGGCGAGGUGGAGGGAGGCGGUGGCGAGGGCGAGGCGGAGGGCGGCGGCGGCGAGGGCGAGGCGGAGGGAGGCGGCGGAGAUGGUGAGGCGGAAGGAGGCGGCGGCGAGGGCGAGGCGGAGGGCGGCGGUGGCGAGGGCGACGCGGACGGCGGCGGCGGCGACGGCGAGGCGGAGGGAGGGGGCGGUGACGGCGAUGCCGAGGGAGGCGGCGGCGAGGGCGACACGGACGGAGGCGGCGGCGAUGGCGAGGUGGAGCGAGGCGGUGGCGAGGGCGAGGCGGACGGCGGUGGCGGCGACGGCGAUGCUGAGGGCGGCGGCGGCGAUGGCGAAGCCGAGGGAGGCGGCGGCGACGGCGAGGCGGACGGAGGCGGCGGCGAGGGCGAGGCGGAGGGAGGCGGCGGCAACGGUGAGGCGGACGGCGGUGGCGGCGACGGCGAUGCUGAGGGCGGCGGCGGCGAUGGCGAAGCCGAUGGAGGCGGCGGCGACGGCGAGGCGGACGGAGGCGGCGGCGAGGGCGAGGCGGAGGGAGGCGGCGGCGAGGGCGAUGCGGACGGCGGCGGCGGCGAGGGCGACGCGGACGGAGGCGGCGGCGAUGGCGAG